CCCUGUGAUUUUACCGAACGUGAAUAUUUCUGGAAGCUGCUAUGUGCAGAAAUGCCAUUUCAAUUCCAUUCUGUAUCCAUUACAAAUGAGGUUGUAGGUAUGAUCUGCCAUAACAGAGAACGCUUCUGGAAUUGGCAAAUCCCUUAAGAAGAAAUUUUGGGGUGCAAUGUAAUAUUAUGUGCCUUGAAAGCAGGCCAUAGAACUGACAGUAUUCAAAAUGGUGUAUGGUGAGUUCUUCCACAAACCAGGACAAGACGAGGAGCUCGUCAACUUGAACGUGGGUGGCUUCAAGCAAUCCAUUGGCCAAAGUACAUUGCUGAGAUUUCCCCAUACAAGACUUGGAAAACUACUCAAAUGCCAUUCAGAAGAAGCAAUUCUGGAACUGUGUGAUGAUUAUAGUGUUGCAGACAAGGAGUAUUAUUUUGAUAGGAACCCUUCCUUGUUCAGAUAUGUGCUGAACUUUUAUUACACAGGUAAACUCCACGUUAUGGAAGAGCUUUGUGUCUUCUCCUUCAGCCAAGAAAUAGAAUAUUGGGGGAUCAAUGAACUCUUCAUUGAUUCCUGUUGUAGCAAUAGGUACCAAGAAAGGAAAGAAGACGGCCCUGAGAAGGACUGGGACCAGAAAAGCAAUGACGGAAGUUUGGACUCUACAUCAGAAGAGUCUUCCAUAUUUGAGAAGGAGCUUGAGAAGUUUGAUAACCUGUGGUUGGGGAACUUGCGCAAGAACAUAUGGAUCAGAAUGGAGAACCCUGCAUAUUGUUUGUCAGCCAAGUUAAUUGCCGUUUCAUCCCUGAGCGUGGUCCUGGCAUCUAUAGUGACCAUGUGUAUCCACAGCAUGCCAGAGUUCCAAGAACUGGACGCCAAUGAAAGAGAGAUUGAAAACCCUGUUUUGGAAGUUGUGGAGAUCAUAUGCAUUAUCUGGUUCACCUCUGAGCUAGUGAUCAGGUUGGCUGCUGCUCCAAGUCAGAAGAAGUUCUGGAAGAAUCCACUGAACAUCAUUGAUUUUGUCUCCAUCAUCCCAUUCUAUGCCACCUUGGCAGUGGACACAAAGGAGGAAGAGAGUGAAGACAUUGAAAACAUGGGCAAAGUGGUUCAGAUCCUACGGCUAAUGAGGAUAUUUCGUAUCCUGAAGCUGGCGAGGCAUUCUGUUGGACUACGGUCUCUGGGUGCCACUUUGAGACACAGUUACCAUGAAGUUGGUCUUCUGCUUUUGUUCCUGGCUGUGGGGAUUUCUAUUUUUUCUGUGCUGACCUAUUCAGUGGAGAAAGAUGAUGAGACAUCAGAACUCCAGAGCAUCCCCAUCUGCUGGUGGUGGGCAACUAUCAGCAUGACAACUGUUGGUUAUGGGGACACCUUUCCAGUCACCCUGGCAGGAAAGAUCAUUGGGACAUCCUGCAUUAUCUGUGGAAUACUAGUGGUGGCUCUCCCUAUCACCAUCAUCUUCAACAAAUUCUCCAAAUACUAUCAGAAGCAGAAGGAUAUUGAUGUGGAUCCAUGCAACAACACCCCACCAGAAAAGACAAAUGAACUUCCUUAUUUUAAUAUUAGAGAUAUUUAUGCAAAAAGGAUGCACUCCUUUAUUUCUAGCCUUUCUUCAGUAGGAAUUGUAGCCAACGAUCAAGACUCAACAGACGCCUCCAGUAUCCAAGAUGUUGAGGAUGUUUAUAACGUAACAUCUUUGCAGAACGAACGGGCAUCUUUAGUCUCUUCGAAGACCCAUCUGUGACUGGACCUGUAGUCUACUGGUUACCUCUGACACUAAGCACAGCUAAAAGCAUCCGUACAUAUUGGAAGAGAUGCUUCAGCAUCCAACUAUUCAGAACGGUUAAAGGAUGUCUCCCUAAUGCAGCCCUGGGGGUGAUAACCAUGAGCAGUAAGUGGCAAAAAAAAAUGGGGCAGUGCUGGCAGACAUUGCUAGAGCUUAUUGGGCAUUUGCUGUUCCAGCUUCAUACCAACUCCCCCUUCCCCAUUCCACUGAAAAAAAUAAGCCAUACAUACCAUUUAUUGCCUCAUUUUAUACUUUUUGGCCAGCAAGACAAUUUAUAUAGAAUCAGCUUCAGCCACAUGACAUAAUUUCCAUGUUUCCCCUCCCCCAUGAAUUAAAGCAUCCGCUUUUGGAUUCAGCUCUAACUUUGCCAAAUGCUUCCUUGCCAUUACUUUUGCUGCUGAAUAAUAAUAAUGACAAUAGCAACGUAUUGUGAUCUCUUGUUAAUACUGCUUGCUGUUCUCUCGCUUGUGGAUUGUUAAAAAUUUCAAUAAACAGGAUACUUUUCUCAGUAAGCGAACUGUACAACUAUCUCAGCUAAUCACUUCACAAUAAGGCAAGCUACCUCAACACCAAUAAAACUUUGACAUUACCAAUGAA